AUGUCAAAGCUGAUAGUUUUUGGAGGCAGCGGGUUUCUGGGGAAACGUAUUUGUCAGAAUGCAGUUGGCCGUGGGCUGGAUGUUGUUUCUGUGACCAGUUCUGGAUCCAAACCACGUCAAUUGGGGCCCCACGAGAAGUGGGCCGACAAGGUGGAGUGGACCAAAGGCGAUGUGUUCAAGCCACACACCUACAAACAUCUACUUCCUGAUGCCAGCGGCGUGGUCCAUUCGAUGGGUAUUUUGCUCGAAAACCAAAACUACAAGAAAGUGGUCCAAUCCAACGACGAUCUACUUGGAGAAAUCCAGUCGUUCUUCAAAACGCCCAAUCCGAUGAAGAAAAACGUCUUCAACACGUACGAAAAGAUGAAUCACGAGAGCGCAAUUGUUCUGGCCGAGACGCUGAUCGAGGUCAACAAGAAUAAACCUGCAUUCGCAUACAUCUCUGCAGACAGAGGAUUUCCCGGCAUUCCGUCUGGAUACAUCGAGUCGAAGCGCAAGGCCGAGUUCGAGCUGUACCAGAUGCAGCCGAACAUCAGGCCCAUCUUGAUGAGACCAGGGUUCAUGUUUGACGAAACAAAUACCACCGAUACCCGCACCAAGCUGAAGAACCUGCUUAACGUUGCAGGCUACGCAAAUGAGACGAUUUUGCUCCAUCUUUUAGACGGACUGAUCAGACCCCCGAUUUCUACACAGGUGGUUGCCAAUUGGUGUGUCGACCGGCUCCUGGACCCCGAAUUCCAUGGUCCUGUUUUGCUGGACGAGAUGAUCCACCACCGCGGUGCAAAGGUGUAG